AUGGCGUCUCACGAUAUCGUUCCUAGAGGCGAAGCCGACUUCGAUCUUUACCCUUAUACGCCCUCAGCAGGCGCCGGCUACACAUUUCUCAUACUAUUCGCGAUCGGCGGGCUGACACAUCUCAUCAUGCUCAUUCCAUUACGAAGUUGGUUCUUCAUUCCAUUCGUUCUGGGCUGCGUAGGCGAAGCCGCAGGCUACUACGGUCGCGCCUGGUCCUCACAGAACAUCCGACAAGGCAGCCCUUAUCUCCUUCAACUCAUGCUUAUCCUCGCGGCCGCACCGCUUCUCGCAGCCACCAUCUACAUGACGCUCGGUCGCCUUAUCCGCUCUCUCGAUGCUACGCACCACGCUGUAAUGAACCCGCGCUGGACGACGAAGAUAUACGUCAUCAUCGAUAUCGGAUCUUUCGUAUGUCAGAUCAUGGGGUCGGCGAUGCAAGCUUCCGGCGACCCAGACGGAGUGAAGACUGGAACGACUGUCGUCAUCGCAGGACUGGGUACGCAAUUGGUCGCUUUCGCCUUCUUCAUCCUAAUGGCGGUGGUGUUUCAUCGAAGGCUGAACAACGAGCCUACCAGCACGUCACGACGAACACAUGUCAAGUGGCGCCGCUACAUGUGGGCUUUGUACAGUGUCAGUGUGCUUGUCGUUGUGCGGAGCAUUUUCCGACUGGCGGAGUUCAUCGAAGGACCAGAGAGUAAGGUGUAUCAGACAGAGGCGUACUUGUAUGUCUUCGAUGCGGCGCUCAUUUCCUACACGCCACCAUAUCCUCAUCAGUACUAUUCCUCCCUGCCUCCGCGGCCCCAGGAUGCCGCCUUCAAUAGCCCAGUGCAAAGUUCCGUCAAGGCCUUCAACGUCCCAGUCUCUGACCAUACCCUCGAGUACCGAAUUCUAGAGCUGCUACAACCUUUUCGAGACACCAGCAGUCUCUUGAACGCCACUAAUGAAGCCAAGAACGUUUUAUUGCUGGCUCAAAAUAUCGCCUCCAUCAUUGUCAGCAAACAGUCCAAGGAUGUCUCCAAGGCGGGAACAGCCGAUGUGUAUAUCAUGAGCCGCAACUUGAACACCACCGCAGUCAACGGUACCGCAGCCAGCGGUCCGGCGUAUCUCCGCAUCUUCUUCCAUAUCGACUACCAAUCGAUUACAGUUGUUAAAGCGAAGAUCGAGAACGGGAAGAACGCGAUCGGUGCGCUUAUCGACGAGGUGGACAAGAUAAUCGAGAGCCUCAUGGAAGAUUCAUAG